AAAACACCGUAAUAUAAAGGCAGAAUAGAAAACCCAAACAACCAGGGAAAGAAAAGGUUGACGUUGUGAGUAAAAACCUGUCUGAUCAUCUGAACGGAAGAAUAAUACUAAUAAAGAUGGAAGCCACCGGGGGUAACGGAACCCUAAACAAUAACAACAACGAGACUUCCCCAAACGAUUCAACUGCGACGACGUCAUCAUCAAUGUCUUCUGACGAUCCAAAGCAAAACCUAAAUCAAGUUAUUAAUUCAAUUCAGAAAACCCUAGGCACUAUCCAUCAGCUUUACCUCACUGUCUCUUCUUUCAAUGUCUCCUCCCAGCUUCCCCUCCUCCAACGCCUAAAUACACUUGUUAUGGAGAUGGAUAACAUGGCGAAACUAUCCGAGAAAUGUAACAUACAAGUUCCCAUGGAAGUCCUCAAUUUGAUAGACGAGGGAAAGAAUCCGGAUGAAUUCACGAGAGACGUUUUAAACAGUUGCAUUGCUAAAAACCAGAUUACUAAAGGCAAAACUGAUGCCUUCAAGGGUUUGCGGAGGCACCUUUUGGAAGAACUUGAACAAGCAUUUCCUGAUGAAGUUGAAGAAUAUAGAGAGAUUCGAGCAUCUUCUGCAGCCGAACAAAUGCGUCUUGCACAAGCACAAAACAUGCUACCAAAUGGAGAUGUGAAAGUCAAACCUGAGAUGUAGAAUUGGAGUAUGUAGUUUUACGUACCUGCAUUGUCUGUAAUACAGUAAUAUCUUGUUUCAAACUAUAAGAACACUUAAAUUCAGUAAAGCUUGAAACUUAUAUUAA